AUGGGAUUGCUGUCGCGCAUCGGUCGCGGAUUUCGCGGCCUCGGCGAAGAGCUGCUCGACUGCUACGCCUACGCGACCCUGAGGCAGCAACACCUCAUGAUGGUAUGCGCCGGCGUCGUGCUGGGGGCAAUCGUCGGCGUCAAAAGCCGUCGUCAGCGCCUGGCCAGUGGCGAGUUCAGCGACAACCUGGAGCUUGUGGCGUACUCCACUUCAUCUGUAGACGAGUUUGAAUCUCGCUGGAACCGGCUCGCGCGUUUCGCUCAGCGCAGGCCCGACUACAAGCACACUCAGCUGUACAAGGCGAUAGACUGGGACAAGCCGUUUCCGCACUAUCUGCAGCUUCGGCUUUGGAAAUACGAUGACUCGCUUGCUAAGUUCACAGAGGCAGCCUCAUCCACCGGGCUGCUGAAGAAGGUUGACAUGUCGGCGACAUCGGUGCAGCGCGCGCGUCCGGUGACCAUCAUCGACGAUUCGGUUCGUCGCGGCAUUUCUUUUUGA